AUGGGAGGAAGGCUCGUACGCGGCAGCGUGAUUGGGGCGGCCUGGCCCGCGCUCCUGCUACUGCACGUCCUCCUGUUCGCCUCGAGGGUCUCAGGUCAAGACAGCGUCACGGCCGGGCUGCAGACGGGCGACCCCGAUGCGUGCGAGGUGUUCCUUGCAUCAACUGGAGUCGCGACUUUGGGCCUCCCCAGCACCGCCCUGCCCCCCGGGACCCCGCAGUGGGACCCACUGAGCAUCAUUCGGGCCUGGUACCAACAAAACCUCGCGGGCAAGGAGUACGUGAUCUUUGGCAACCGGCAGUUCCCGGGCGCCGAGAACGCCGUCCUGAAGACCACCUUGGACGACCUCGUGGUGCAGCUCGACCGCACGCUGCAGCAGAACGCGCAGGUCUGCGACCAGGCCUGCCAGGCGUCCCAGCGCGCGGCCCUGCAGUCGCUCUAUGUGGCGACCAACGGCCCCGCGUGGGGCAACCAGGUCAUGAGCCGCAUCUGGGCCUCCGACGUCCACCACUGCUGCUGGCCCGGCGUCCUCUGCUGCUCGGCGUCGCAAACCAUCCCCGCCUUCGAGCUCGACGCGGACGGCAACGUCGUGGGCGUCGGGGACUCGCGCGACCGUGGCUUCGCGUGCGUGCAGCGCGGGGGCGUCGUGGGCCUGGACGUGUCGCGGGCGCGCUUCGGCCCGGGGACCACGGCGCAGCCCGGCGGGACGAUCCCGCCCGGCGUCUUCUCGGCCCUGAAGUCGUCGCUCGAGUACGUGGCCCUCCAAGGCCUUGGCCUCGAGGGCCCCGUGCCCGACGACAUUAUUUCCGCGCGCCUGUUGCGGUCCGUGUUUCUGGGCCAGAACAGGCUGACGGGGCAGCUCCCGGACUCGGCGGGCCAGGGCGCCGUCCUCGACACCGGCGACCCCGGCUGGGGGCUGCACGCGCUCCUCACGCGCUUUGACGUCAGCGGCAACCUGCUGUCGGGGCCAAUGCCCAACAGCUUCAACUUCUUGAUCAGCGCCGUGCGGAUCGCGGCGAAGGGCAACGCCUUCACGAGCCUCCCGAGCCUGAUCGUGCUGCUCCCGAACCUCCUCUCCCUCGACGUCGACAGCAACAGGCUGUCGGGCUCCUUCUACAACCCCCCCUUCACACUAGACACGUACGCCUCCGCGGGCUCCGUCGGAGACGGCUUCCGCAGCAUCGAACGCAUUGACCUCCGCGGCAACCAGCUCGGCGGGACCAUCCCGAUCCAGGUCGCCGAGCUGCGCUUCCGCAACAUUGACCUGGGCAACAACCUGCUCGAGGGGUCGCUCCCAGCGGCCAUCGGCGCCGCGCCGACGGUCCGCGUCAUCCGCGUGGACCGCAACCGCCUCUCCGGCAGCCUCCCGGACCCGCUCACGGAGUGGCCUCUCGAGGAGAUAGACAUCGGGUUCAACCAAGGAAUCCUAGGAACCUUUCCUCUGUCGCUCACGGCGAUCGAGACGCUCGAGGUGAUCCGCGUGCCCAGCACGAACCUCUUCGGGCCGCUCCCGGCGUCCCUCGGGCGCCUGGGCCGCCUCAGGGUGCUCGACAUUCGCGGCACGUUGAUGACCCACAACUUGACGGACCGCAACUCGCGCGGAGAGCUGCUGCCGGAGUACAUGCGGUUCUCGACGGCCGACGUGGACUUGGUGCCGGCGCCGCUCGGGGUCCCGGGGGCGUCGCUGAGCAUCUGCCCGAAGGUGGAGUGGAUCGCGGCCCGCACGGCGCAGGACCGCAACGACACGUGCUCGCCGGAGGGGCUGUUCGGGAACCGCCGGUCGCUGUGCAGCGGCUCGGCCGAGGCCACCGUGUCGCCGCUGUACUUCCACUUCGAAGGCUGCUUCUGCCCACCGGGCACUGAAGUGCGCACGAUGCCCUUUCCGGAAAUCGAGCGGGUCAGGUUCAACGAAGCACGCGACGCGCCAGAGUGGGGGGACAGCGAGCGCUUCGAGCGCGACUUCGUGCCGGCGACUGUCCCGGUGUGCUUCCCGGAGUCGGCAGGGGGGGGCUUCCCGACCUGGGCCAUCGUGCUCGUCAGCUGCAUGGCCCCGGCGCUCGUCAUCCUGGCGGCCCUGAUCCUCGUUGUGGGCUUCUUCAUGCGCAAGACCAUCGCGCGCGCGCUCCUCGACUAUCGCAAGCGCCAGGGCCCCCCCUCGAGCGGGAAGGACGUCACCCUCGUGCUCACCGACGUCGCGGACUCGACCAACCUCUGGGAGGAGAAGCCGAUCGAGAUGUCGCGCGCGAACGCCCUCCACGACGCCAUCUUCCGCAAGAACAUGCCGCACUGGCACGGCUACGAAGUCACCACCGAGGGUGACGCCUUCCUCGUGGCCUUCCACGAACCGGCGGACGCGAUCGGGUGGUGCAUCUGCGUGCAGCAGGAGCUGCAGGCCGCGGACUGGCCGGCGCUCAUCGCCCCGAAGGUCGUUCCGCGCCCCCGGCGGCCUGCGCGCAAGACGAUCCUGGUCGGGCAGGGGGGGUCGUCGACGACCCUCACCACGUUCGGCAUGGCGGCCAAGUCGCAGGCCGGCGACGACGGCUCGCGCGGGAAGGAGUCCAGGGCCGCGCGGAAGAUGCGGGAGAGCUCGCCCGGGUUCGGCGCGAGCAACAACGCCCCCCGAGAGCCCCUGCAGCGCGGGCUCCAGACCCCCCGCAGCGCGUGCCAGGGCGAGUCGCCGGAAGGCACGCCCGCGAACUCCGCCCGCCCGGACUUCGACCCGAGCGCGAACACCGCCCCCGGCGAGUACAGCCGCAGCAACAACGUCUCGAUGUCUCAGAGCGCCGUCCACGACAGCGGCACGGGCUCAGAGCUCAUGGACGAGCCCCCGGACGACGGCAAGCGGUUCUUCCGCGGGCUGCUGGUCCGCAUGGCCGUCGCGACGGGCCCCGUGGAGCGCACGCGCGUGCACCGCGUGACGCGGCGGCUGAAGUACUCGGGGCCGUGCAUGGAGCUGGUCACUGCCCUGCAGGACGAGGCGCAGGGCGGGCAGAUCCUGAUCGACACGCGCUCGCGCGAGAUCCUCCAGCGCGGGUCCGACCAGCACCUGUUCAAGCAGCUGAAGAACACGAAGCCGUCGAAGCUGCUCUGGUCCUUCUUCGAACACCUGCGCGCCGGCGUGCUGCAGCUCCCGGCCGGGCCGCUCGCAAGUGCGCUGACGUCGGGCGGGAAGAGGCGCAACCGCCGCACGAGCGCCGCGGUGAGCCGGCCCCCGAUCGCCCCCGGGGCGCGCGUCAACGCCAAGGGGGGGGGUCUCUACCCAGAACAGAGCCACUUCUCCAUUUCGGGCAUGGCCCCCGUGCGCGAGGUCGUCGGCACCGGGAACUCGGACGUCCGCAUCUCCCUGGACCUCACCGAGCUGCAGAAAGCGCGCGCGAGCCAGCCUGUCGACCCAGUGCGGGACAUGGGCGCGAGCAACGACGUCGCGUCGCGAACGGCGUCGCAGGCCUUCGUCCCGGACCUCAACGACCUCGGCGACGAGCGCUUCCUCGCGAACGGCCGCGCGGUGCCCGGCAUCAUCGCCGCCAUCACCGGCCGCGCGAAGAAGGACGCAUGGUCCGCACCGGGGCAGUGGCUCGACGUGUGCGGGGGCACCAUCAUGCUCCUCGACAUGGGCGUGUCGCGGCUGAAGCCGACGAUCAAGCCGAACCACGUGUUCCAGGUCCUGCCCCCCGGCCUCGAGGAGCGCUCGAGGUACUUCAAGCCUCUCGGCAACAUCCUCUCGCCAGGCUUCUUCCAGGCUCCCGGGACGACGCACGCGCCGCUCGUGCCGGACCAGAGCCUCUGCCCGCACCACAUCACGUAUAGCGAGUGCACGUCCGGCUGCGCGCCCGAGAUCAAGCCCCUCCCUGACGUGACGAUUGUCUUUUGCACCCCCACGAAAGUCGACGAGCUCUUCGCGGACUGCCGCGGCGCAAUGAACUCCGCGCUGCGCCUCUACGAGUCCGCCGUGCGCCGCACGCUGCCCCGCUUCAACGGCUACGAGUGCCAGGAGCUCGACGGCGCCUUUAUGAUCGCCUUUCACACGCUGGCUGAUGCGUACCUGUGGGCGCUGUCCCUCCAGGCGCUGCUGCCGUCGAUGCCGUGGCCGCAGAAGCUGCUGCAGAGCAAGUGGGCUGCGCCCAUGCCCCCGCGCACCCUCGGCGGCAGCGCGCUGCCGGGCGGCCUGCGGGUCAAGGUCGGCGUGUGCGAGGGCAAGCCCAUCAAGGUGACGCCGCACCCCGGGACGGGCCGCGCGGACUACUUCGGGCCGCUCGUCAACCGCGCGGCGCGGCUGUGCUUCGCGGCGGCGCGGCCCGGGCAGAUCGUCGGGCCCAUUGACCAGAUGAGUCGGGCGCUGGCGACGCUGGCGCUGACCUGCGACCACGGCGGGAACUUCGCCAGCAUGGAGCGGCCGGUGGUCCCGGCGCACGCCGCGGCGAGUGCCCUUCGGCCGUCGCGGUCGCGCGCGAGCAGCCGGGCGGACGUGUGGCCGGACAUGCCGUCGCUGCUGCGCAUGCACACGUCGCAGGAUGACGAACUGCUGGCGAUGUGCGGGCCCGAGCUUCGCAGCGCCGUCGACGCGCAGAUGGAGCUCUACACAGCCGCGGUCGCCUCCGAGAUCCGCCAGACGUCGGCCUCGGCCUUCGCGGCGCGUCAAACGGCUCUGUCGCAGCGAAUGGACCUCCCGGGGUCAUCCUUCCACGGCAGCGCGCACGUGCCUUCGGCCCCAGGGGCGCGCGAGAGCAUGUGCGGUGCGUCGCACCGCGAGGCGCCACUCCGCGACGCGUCCUCGUCGCCGGGGGAGAAGCAGGCGGAGGCGGGGCAGCACGUGUCCUUCGCGGGCGACCACCCCCCGCCGUCUUCGAUCGGCCCGCCGCGCAAGACGCGUUCGUCCGCGGCGCAGGCCCUGGCCCACCGACAGGUGCACAGCAAGCGACAGCGCGGCGCGAGUAUCGACGUCCACGGCAGCUUCCGCCACAGGCUGCCUUUCGCGAUCACAGAGGAGUCCAACGAGGGGGAGUCCGGGGACUUCGAGCCGCUGGAGGGGGCUGGUUCUGGUCCUCGGUCGCCGCUGCGGGUCCUGGUCGCUGGUGCGAGCGAGAAGCGUGCGCGGCGAGCCAUGGCGCUGUCGCCGGUGCAAAAGAGCCCCAGCCGCCUGUCUGCCCGACAGGGCAUCGCCGCCAGGGCUGCCCCGAGCCCCGCGACCCCGACUGGCACGCCCAAGCCCGGACAGUCGUCUGCGGUGGAGCCCCAUGCACCAUCCAAUCGAGACGACCAUGAGCUGGUGCGCGCCCCCGUGCUCAACUCAGUAAUGAGCGGCAGCGAGUCGGACGACGAGGUCGGCAGCGUGAUCGACAGGCGCGUGCUGCGGCGGAUGGGCAGGGUCAGACGCCAGGUGUGGAAGUGGGGCUUCAUUCGCCGCACCGUGCGGGUGGACCACAUCGGCCGCUACCGCCUGAAGGGCGUGCAGGGCGAGUUUGAGCUCGCUUCGCUGUGCCAGGAACGGUACAACUACGAGGAUGCCAGCACGGCGCAAGGCGCAGCGGGGCGCAAGGGCACCAUGCUGGCGCCGCCGCUGGGGCUCAUCCUCGCGGCAACGGCGAACAUGCCGUGCGCGACGAUGAUCCAAGACGGGCGCGGGAGCAACGGCCAUGACCGCGAGUCCAGGACGUCGGACGUGCUGUCGGACUCGGAGGCGGAACAGCCGGAGACACCCCGCGGUGUCGACACCGACGGGAUUCCCCCCCAGGAUCCUCUGCGGUCCGGGGCAUCCGCGGACUCGCUGAAGUUCGUGGAGUGA